AACUCCUCCGCUUUCUGUGCCCCCAUCCAAUUCGUUGAAAGGGAAGACAGCCAGAGAGAAGACACAGAAAACCCCAAGAACUGCCUGCCGCCGCGCUGAUGGAGCCCCCGGCGGCCGCAUCUAGGCUACCGAGCUUCGCUUCACAGACCAAUGCCCUCCUGCGCAAAAAUCUCAUCUUCCAGAAACGUAACAGGAAGGAAACCAUUCGGCUAAUAAUAGUUCCGAUAUACCUCUGUGUAUUACUCAGCGUGCUUCAACGAGUCAUCAACAAUGUGCUUGAUAAACCGAAAUACAAGUGUGGUUGCAAGUGUGUUAAUGUGGAUGGUGCAGGUCCUUGCCAAAAUGUGUGUGGAAUUCAGUACUCUACAUUGGACCAGGCGGGCAGUUGCCCUAUACCAAAUCCUCCUGAAUGGCCCACUCUCUUGCAAGUACCCCGUGCCGAGUAUCGUGCCAUCCAGGAUUCCUCCAAAUUGUUCACAGGCCUUCCGGAUGCGUCAUGCAGAAAAUCACAAUCCUGCCCGGCCAGUAUACCCUUCACGGGAGCAAAUGAAACUCUAUCAACUACUGUCAUGCAGAACUUGUUCACAGAUUCACCACUUUCAAAUCUUUCUGAUUAUACCAGCAUAUCAAGUCUUCUCCUUGGUACAGAUAUACCAGGUACUUCUACAGGCUUCAUUGAGCCAGCUUUUGUCUCGGAUGUACCUAUGUAUGUUAUUCAAUCUCAAUGCAAAGCCAGGGAUCCAGUAACAGUCCGCGUUACCAUUGAUGCUAUUAAUAUUCAAAAAGAGAUAAAAUGUGUUCAAGGUCUACCCUUGUGGCGUAAUAGUUCAAGAACAAUCAAUGAGGAGACCUUUAUGGGUUAUCGGAAAGGGAAAAUACGGGGAGGGAUAAAUGAAAUUGCAAUGGCUUACGAUUUCCAAGACUCAAAUGAAAAGCAUUUUAAUGUGCUUGCUAUGUAUAACUCAACUCAUCUGAAUAUCUCUUAUGUCCCAACGCCAUUUGGACUUCUGCGUCUUUCACGGUCACUAAAUGCGGUCUCAAAUGCCUAUCUCCAAUUUCUACAAGGUCAAGGUUCAGGCACAAAAAUGUUGCUCCAGUUUAUGAAAGAAAUGCCUAAGCAAGUGACUCAUCUCACGAUUGAUUUUUCUUCUCUUAUUGGUCCUCUCUUUUUUGAAUGGGUUGUUGCAUUGCUUUUCCCGGUUAUGCUGACAUACCUUGUGUAUGAGAAACAACACAAGCUCCGGACAAUGAUGAAAAUGCAUGGACUCGGGAAUGGUCCUUAUUGGACUAUCUACUAUGCAUACUUCCUUAUUUUAUCCACGGUGUAUCUUGUUCUAUUUGUCAUUUUUGGAUCCCUUAUAGGUCUUAACUUCUUCAAGACGAAUGAUUACGGCAUCCUAUUUGUUUUCUUUUUCAGUUUCACGAACCUGCAGAUUGUAUUAUCCUUCGUAGCUGCAAUAUUCUUUUCAAAAGUUAAUACUGCUCAAGCAAUCGCAUACUUGUACAUAUUUGGAUCAGGGUUAAUGGCAGGGUCUCUUAUUCGCAACUUUCUUGAAGGUGGAAAAUUUCCAAGACACUGGAUUACUGUUCUGGAGAUAAUACCUGCAUUUUCUUUAUAUCGAGGAUUAUAUGACCUUAGCCAAUAUGCUAUAAGGGCUUCUGAAACGGGGAAUCCUGGCAUGCGAUGGAGCGAUCUAAAUGACCAUACAAAUGGAAUGAGAGAUGUGUUGAUUAUUAUUAUUGUUGAGUGGUUGGUUUUGCUUCCUGUUGCGUAUUAUUUUGACCAUGCUUCUUCAGUUGGACACAGAUCUAGUCCCCUUUCUAUAAUCAAACGUUUCCUGGGGAAGAACCCCACUUGGAGAAGGAUAAGUAUUAAUGAAAUAGCCAACAAUGAUGUUCAUGUUGAAAUGGAGAAGCUAGACAUUAUCAAAGAAAGGGAGAUUGUGGAUCAAGUACUACAGCAGCGGAAUAGUGGUUAUGCUGUUGUCUGUGAUGAUCUCAAGAAAGUAUAUCAUGGCAAGGAUGGCAAUCGCGAUAAGUAUGCUGUUCGAGGUCUAUCGCUUGCUUUGCCUUAUGGAGAGUGUUUGGGCAUUCUUGGUCCUAAUGGAGCUGGCAAGAGCUCUUUUAUUAGCAUGAUGAUUGGGUUUACAAAGCCAACAUCAGGAAAUGCAUUUGUACAGGAUUUCAGCAUACAUACCGACAUGGAAAACAUAUACAGCAGCAUGGGGGUUUGCCCACAGAAUGAUAUGCUUUGGGAGAUGCUGACUGGCAAAGAACAUCUCCAGUUUUAUGGUCGACUGAAGAACCUGAAUGGGUCCGCUUUGGACCUUGCAGUUGAAGAAUCUUUAAGAAGUGUAAAUUUGCUUCUUAGUGGUGCUGCUGAUAAGCAAGUCAUGAAGUACAGUGGUGGCAUGAAGAGGCGUCUUAGUGUCGCCAUCUCGUUGAUUGGAGAUGCUAAAGUAGUGUACAUGGAUGAGCCCAGUACUGGAUUGGAUCCAGCUUCGAGGAAGAAUCUUUGGAGUGCUGUGAAGCAAGCAAAGCAAAAUAGAGCUAUCAUUCUCACGACCCAUUCAAUGGAAGAAGCUGAAGUUCUCUGUGAUCGGUUGUGUAUUAUGGUAGAUGGCAGGCUCCAGUGCAUAGGAAGGCCAAAAGAGCUGAUAGCUAGAUAUGGAGGCUAUUAUGUGCUGACGAUGACGACAUCCUCGGAGUUUGAACGUGAGGUUGAGGAUUUGGUGCUGAAGCUCUCACCAAACACAAGGAAGGUGUAUCAUUUGUCAGGAACACAGAAAUACGAGCUGCCGAAGCAAGAAGUUAGGAUUGCAGAUGUCUUCAUGGCCGUGGAGAAUUUCAAGAAGAGAGUGGAAGUGCAAGCAUGGGGCCUCGCUGACACCACCAUGGAAGAUGUGUUUGUCAAAGUCGCUACAGGGGCGCAGUCAAUCGACGAACUCUCUUAGCCCGGCACAAGGGCUGCCUGCUUUUGAUGUUUCCAUGUACACUCUGUAAAAAAAAAUGUGUGUGUGUGUGAAAAGCCAAUGAUUUACUAAACAGACAUGUACUCCAUGUACGGGAGUAUGUUUUUGCUGGUACCUGUAUUUAGGUGUCUAUAUGUGUAUGGUGAUUAUUAUCAUGUUGUAGACGUGUAUAUAUUCACCAUUUGUACAAUCAGAAAAUGUACCUAACACCAUCACAUCAUUUCCCUCUUGUUAUGUUGUUGCUUUCAUGUG